GUCAGUAGUCAGUACGCCUCGUGACGCCGACGGGAAUUGUGUUCGUGAUAUAUUCGUAGAAUAGCGUUUAGUGUUCACCGGCAGUAGCUUUUGUACAGUGUUUUAAUAUAUAGUAUAUACAUAUAUACAUAUAUAUUUUUCUUAACCGGUUGUUAAAUUCACGAACAGAAGGAAUUGCGAUCAAAUUUACGAUACGUCCAGUUUGACCAAUCACAAAGAAUCAUUGUAUUUUCGUUCCAACGAAAUACCGGUACUACGACGUGUCGUUAACCUCUAGCGAGAAGAAAAACGAACAUUUUGAAAAUAUUGUACUGUGAUCUUUUCAAUUCGUCCUUGUCGAGGUAUCAAUAAUUCUUUUAGUGCACACGAAUAGUUUUCUUAUAAUCUGAAUUUGAUGUUGACUCAAUGUUAACGAGAAGAGCACUUAGCCGAUCGUAAUCGCGCAUUAUACGAUAAGUGUUUCAAGUAACAGCGUUUGUGAUUGGAGGAUAGAAAUAUAGGAACAAAUAAGUGAAAAUGGGGUGCAACACGAGCAAGGAAAGUGUCCAGCCGGUUGGAGAUGAAGCAAAGGAAGAUGGGAAAAACGGUGAUAUCACGAAAGGAGAGAGCAGUCCGGCGAAAGUAGAUUCGCAAGAAUCUUCUUCGCAGAAAAGAUCGGCAGGAGAUUCGAAAGAGAAAAAGGAGGCGGAGUCGAAGGGGGAGGAGAAGAAAGGAGAGGACACGGAGAAGGAGAGGGAGAAAGCCGCGACGAGGAUACAGGCGGCGUUCCGCGGCCACCACGCCAGGAAGAGUAUGAAAGAUAUUGAAUCCUCGACGAAGCAGACGGGGACCAAAUCAAACUCAGAGCCAACCAAGGAACAACUUCAGCAGGAGUUCCGCGCCGACGAUAAGGAGCUUUGCGAAGCGGCGACGAAAAUCCAGGCAUCUUUCCGCGGCCAUAUGUCGAGAAAGGAGCAAGCAGCUGCAGCCAUCGCAAAAUCGGCGGAGAAUGCCGUCGAGGAUGUUGUCUCCAAGAUGGAGGAGAAGGCGAAGGACGCCAUGAACGAGCUCGAGGGUAUCGAUCUCACGGAUCCCGAUCUGCACAAGGCGGCGACGAAAAUCCAAGCGAGCUUCCGGGGUCACAAGGUCCGCCAGGAAGUGUUAGGGAAUCCAGCGCAGAACGAGCCCAAGAAAUAAGAAGGAUGAGAUUGGAGUGCUGAUUUUUUUCGAAAUCGAAUCGUCGAUAGUAUGCCCGAUCAUGAAACUCAAAAAAAAAAAAAAAAAGAAAAAAAGUAAAAGAA